UGUAAAAUUUAAAUGUGAAUCGUUUGAACUUUUAAGCAUUGUUUUUUAGUAGUGUUUGUUAUUUUGAAAGCUUUUUGCCCAGUAAAGUACUGUGACUCACAUCAGUCCAUAACUAACUAACGCAUUGCCGAUUAACAUCGCAAGCACUUCUCAUUAUGGAGGACAGUGCAGAAUUUGUAUGUUGUCUCUGCGUUUUUUCUUGUAUCCAUCCAAUAUUCCAGUUGAGCAGAAAUACUUUCUAUCCGAACAAUUUUGGCCUGGUGAUUAGAUGUUGUAUGCUUCCAAUGCCCUGCUUGUCAACCAUGCAGUGCAAGUUGAUCAGUUCAUAGCGGAGCAUUGAGUGCUUGUUUCUGCAGCUAUCGACGAGUACCUGCGUCAGUGUGUCUAGUGGAAUUUGUAGCUGCCAGUGCAGACGUGCAGCAGCAUCCAUUCCCACACCGUUCUCUGCUGCAUACUGGCUCUGCUGCUGUUUGUGACAAGGUUUGUGUGCACCGCGCCCGCCCUCGGGGCUCGCACACGUAGUAUGGCCAGCAGAAUGAAUAGGCUUGGUGGACUGCGUGCCGUCACCGCCGUGUCCCGUCGCGGCGGCUGCCCCCUGGCCACUGCCGCUGGAUGGCGACGCGCGACGCUGGUCCCCCGGCGGGAAUCCUGCAGCUGCCGACUAGCGCCGACAUCGACGGCGCGCUAUGCGAUGCCCGUUGGAGCCCACCGCGCCGGCGCUGGCUGUUUCCUGCCUUCCUUUAACAGCCUUCACAUCGCCGCUCCAGGGCGGCCGACCGCACUGACAACCCGUGGCGGUAGCGUGCGGGGAGUCUCUGCUCGCAGCACCGCCCCGCAGCGGCUGACACUUCCCGUUGAUGCGGAGAAAAUCAUCCAGCAAGUGGACGAGUUAAAAGCCAAACUAGACAGACUCUUGCCACCGUUGAAAGGCAGCGAUAUCGCCGAUGGAGAAGGCGGCGAGGUGGUCGCGGCGGACGUGCAGGAGUCCGCCGCGUCCGAAGCGGUGGACGCGCUGAUGUUGACGCUGCAGUGCGCCACGGCCGGCACUGGCGAGCCGCGCGUGCGCGAGGGUUUGCGGCAGUUGAGCCAGCCCCGCGGGCGGGCGAGCUGUCGCCGCGGCAGCGCGUGCUGUUGGCGUCGGUGUGCCAGCUGAUUCUGCUGGACCAGCGUUCCCGCAUCAAGGUCCUGUCGGCCACGCUGACCGCCCCGGGGGAGCUGUCCGCCACAGCGACCGACGCGCUGCAGCGGUGCCGCGACGUGGCGGCGCGGAUCGUGGAGGACGCGGCGGACCUCCUGCAGCGUUUCCUAUUGCAGAUCGUUCCACAAGGGUUGCUCACGGAGUUGGACGGUAUCCUCACGCCGCUGUUGGCUCGGCUGCAGACACGCGAUACAUCUGAUGUGUCCGACUUGCUGUCGGCGCUGGACUUGACGAUAUCGGUGACGGCUCGUCUUCUAGCCGGAUUGCCUGGGGAAUUCUUCGAGACUGUCGAAAUCAGUGAAACGCCGGUCUUCCAACGUGAACUGGACGCGGUGGCGGCGCUGAUCGACAGCCGGCGCUUGGAGCCCGCCGUGACCUUUGCCGUCGGCCAGCACAGCGACUACCCCGCCGCCGACUGGGUGCACUGCGCG